CUGGUAUAAGUUGGCCUGCCCCCCUGACUGCACUGGACUUGGCUACCCCCAACGUUAAGCCAAUGCUACCAGCCUUGUAGCCUAGUAACAGCACUGGUCGACACCAUGGCUGUCCCUCCGAAAGUAUCGUCCAGCGCCUCGUCACCAGGCCAGCGCCACAACGCCCACGGCGCUCCCCCGAAACAACCCCGACUGCGGGCCUCGUGCGAUGGCUGCUUCGUCGCCAAGAUCAAGUGCUCCAAGGCGAGACCCAUGUGCUCGCGCUGUCUCCAGAUCGGACUCAUAUGCCACUACUCGCCGUCGAGUCGCGCAAGCCACGCCCUCAACAACACCAGCAGCAGCAAGAACAAGAAGAGUGGCCUUGGGCCCGCAGCGAGCAGCGCAGCAAGGAGGGCGUUGAGGAAGAGUAGCACCGCGGUUCUCGUCUCGACCAUGACCGACGAGAGCUGCGAGUGGCUCGCGCGGAAUCCAGCCAUAUUCUUUCCCUCGAACGACCUGACGGACCAGUAUAUAGGUAGUCACGACGCCAUGGCGUGGCAUGGCCUGCCUACACCUCCGGAUCUCCUGGCGCCAGGUGGCCAGAUCAGCAACAGCUGGUGCUGGCCAGGGCCACUCGUGCCACAGCAGCAACAGCAGAAUAUGCCACUCGCACUUCAGCAAGCAUAUUUCCCAGCAGAGUAUAUGCCCUGCGACGAGGCGCAUGGUCCAGGUGAGGGGUGGCCCAUGCUCAGCGAGCACUAUCGCGAUGUACUGAGCCCCGGCCUUGCCCCUGAUGACAACAUGCACAUACCAGAGACGCCAUCCCCGGAGUGGGUGCUCGAUAGCCAUAUGUAGAUUAGCACCGGCGCAUGGAAAGACAUGAUAAUGCCAGACUUUUGGGCAAAAAUGGGACGGGUGUGAGCAUGGAAGCUGGGCGUACCUUGCUUGGGGCUGGGGCACACGGGGCAGUGAUGAGGACACCCGAGAGCAGGUCUCUCCGCCUGAAUGUAGUUGGAACAUACUACAAUACAGUA